AUGCUUCUCUCCAAGAUUGCUUUUACUGUUCUUCUCAGUGCAACGAGCGUACUAGGAUUGAAUGUGAAACAACCGCACUUGGCGCUCACAUCAUCUCAUAAGAAACCUCUGGCUUUAAGUCCGAUUAAUCAAGAUUUCGAGAAGGUACUACAGCCAGUUAUCAUUGAUAGGGCUAAUGAGACCAUUGAGCUUACAUUCUCCAUUGACACCGAAGAAAAGCCUCAACAGGCAACCCUGUUGUUGGGCUCCAUAUCGCGUGGGGUCGAAACUCACAUAGAACCACUUAUCAAAAAUGUGGACAGCGAAUCCACUUACAAGUUUGAGAUCGCGAUCGAAAAACUUCCCGAACCCCUGUUAUAUCUUGGUAUUAAAUCCAGAGAACCAUUGACUGCUUCUCUCAUACUCGCCAGCGAGAAUGCUCUCGCACAUAAUAUUUUUGUGGAGCUGUUUGAUUUGGAUCUGAUCUUUGACACCGAAGAAAAGCUCUCGUGGCCUUCCAGGCUAGGAGCCCAACCAGAGAUUACGCACAUUUUCAGAAGCACCCCUAAGACUGUUUCCCCACUCAUUGCACAGUUCACGAGUGUAAUUAUCGCUGGGUUUUUCCUGGCAUUGUUAGUAGCAUGGACAUACCUUGGAACAUUCUCCAGAGUUAACUUUACCAGCUAUGGUGGUGCGAUCUUUCACCUGAUCGCUUUUGUUGGUUGUGUAUUGGGUAUGGAGUAUGUUUUCACCCGCUAUUAUUUGGGUGCGAGCAUCUUUGAUACCUUGGGACAUGGGUUCUACGUGUCCUUAGGUGGCCUUUUCUUCGGUGGAAAGCUCUUGAAGUCCUUAUCCAUUUGA